AAAUGUAAACAAAUACCAAAAUAAGCAUAGUAUCUGUGAAACUAGACAGACCGUUUUCGAAUUUUCGUACGAUCGUAAGACGUUAUUUAGAAUGGGUUGCUUCGUUUUGCUUGAUAUCCAUAAUACAAGACGGGUCUAAGGAGACGUCUUGUUCUUUGCAAUGUAGCUGUUUGUUAGGUAAUCGUCGUCGUCGAGGGAAUACCAUGUACUCUUGUACAUGGCCAUGGGCUCUGUUGUUCUUUGUCUGUGUGUCAGCCCAAAAGACAGACGUGUCCAACUGCCCGGAACGGUGUUCCUGUCCGAAAAAGCGAGUUAGUGACAAGUACAGCAAAGUAAAAUGUGGUGGACUCGACAAGCCGAUUAUGUACCUCAACGAGAUACCGUACGAUCAACUCUCAAAUUUCACUGGUGUAACAUUUCUGUAAGACUUCACAUUAGAAAUAUUAUAUAUCUGUACUUGUUGUUCAAUUAUUUUGUGGUACCUAAUUACUAAUUGCCAAUUUUAUACAUUCAAUUUCAGGGAUUUGUCUACAAAUGUGAUCGCUGCUUUACCAACAAAUGCUAUACCAAUUCCAAAUUUAUUGAAACUGUAAGAUAUUAUAUUUUAGUUCAAUACCAUGUUCUAUGUUAUCUUAUUAUCGAUUCCUUAAAAUAAUAUAUAAUUAAGGCCUGGAUUUUAAUGUUACAUACAUUUUUUUAGGAGGUGGUCAAUUCAAUGCCUUCUAAGUCCACAAUAUUAUGAUUCAACUAACUGAUAUUUCAGAAGUGAUCUCUUAUUUUGAAUCUUUUGCUGUUAAUAAUCUCUAAAAAACUUAUGCAUUUGUCAUUUAUACAUUAUAUAAAUUAAUAAUUUUAACUUAUGUAAUUCAGAUCUUAAGAAAUUAAUUUUUAUUAUGAUUUCUUUAAUGUCUUAUAUAUAUAUUAACGGCUUUUAUGCGUCACCUGGGUUUAAAAAAAUAACAACUACAAAAGUGAAACUUUUAUUCUGCAUUUUUCACAGUUUUUUAUUUUUAGAGAAUAUUUUAGCAUUUAUAGAUUUAUUUUAAGGAUAAUAUUAUGCUGAAAGGCAUUUGUUUAGAGCAUUUUAGAUAGUUUGUGGGGAAUUUAAGUAUGUGACAUAUAUAGUUGUAUAUGGACUUUAUAGUGAUAUACCUUCUGACUACUUUAACAGAAAAUAUAAUUCAUGGCAAACUUUAUAAAGACAUAAAAUAUAUAAAAAAGAAUUAUACAACACUUAUAUUUUCUAAUCAUCAUAUUCGCAUGUACAAAGGUUCUGAGACUCCCAUCUAUGUUUUUCUGGUCAUCACCUUAAAUAUAUUUCACAUUCUUUUACCUCAGCACAUUUCCUUGAUUGGCCUAUUUUAUAUUAAUAUUUUUUAUACAUUGAUAUAGUGCGUCCCACCGUAUUGGAUGGAUUUUUUAAGCACUGUUAAUAUUACAUUUUUUUCAAUUAGUUUGUCUUCGAGGGAGACGAGAUUUGGAAAAAAACUAAAUUUUUUUAUUUUCAGCCCUUAACAUAAAAAAAAUACAUUUUUAUUUAUUCACUUUAGAAAAUGUCCAACAUUUUGCCAUUUUGUAAAAAAUAUUAUUAUAAAAAUUUCAAUGUAUCAUACAUUAAUAUUCGAUUAAUGGAUUCCUAAUUACUUAUAGUUGUUUUAAUUUUUUGAAAAUAGGCGUGAAAACAAUUAAUAUUCAAUAGAAGGUAAAGAAUUACUGUUGCUGUUUGUAAUUUCUUAUCAUAUAUUGUGUUAUAUUAUUGAAUAUUAAUUGUUUUUACGCCUGAUUAAAACAACUAUAGCUAAGAAACUAUUCAUCAGAUAUGAAUGUGUGAUACAUUAAAAUUUUUUUACGAAAUGGCUAAUUUGAAAAUUUUUUAAAGUGAUUAGUUAAAAAGUUAUUUUCUUUUUUGUCUUGAGAAGAUGAAAACAAAAAUUUAAUUUUUCCCCAAAUUAAUGUCCCACUCAAAGGAAAAUUGAUUAAAAAUAAAAAUUUUUAUAUUAACAGCUCUAGAAAAAUCCUUCGAAUACGAUGGGAUACAUUGUAUAUUAUUUUAUAGUGUAUACCACAAUAUAUAUACCUAUAUUUCUCUGUGUUUCAGAGAUUUGACCAAAAACCUAAUAUCCAUUAUUCAAGAUGGAGCAUUUCGUGGCAUGCCAAAUCUAAAAAUUUUGUGAGUUUCAUUUUGCACCUACUCACAAAUUUAAAUAUAUUUUAUGUAUUGAAAUUAAUUUAAAUCAAAUUAAUUAACAGGACAUUAAGUGACAAUAAACUCAAAAACAUAUCCCAAGGCAUGUUUGAAGGACUUUUUUCAUUAGAGUAUUUGUAAGAAAUUAUUAUAUUUGUUACCAUAAUUAUUAUUACUUAAUCAUAUUUAUCUUAAAAUUAAUUAUCUUAAAAUAUGAUAUUUUUUCUUUUAUUACUAUGUUAUUUUUUUUCUUUUUAUAGAAAAAUAAACAAAAAUAUGAUUUCUCAAAUACCAGGCAAUACAUUUACUUUUAUGGUUCACAUCACAAGACUGUGAGUAAUCAUCAAGUACUUAAAAGAUUUAUAACACUAUAAUAUAUAUGUGUAUUUAUGUUAAUUGAUGAUUAUAGAGAUAUAUCAGAUAACCCACUAGUUUGUGAUUGUGAAAUUUCUGGUUUUCUCGAUUGGGUAAAGAGAAAAGUAAAACUUGGACCUAAAUCUGAAUGUUAUGAACCAGUUAGCUUGAAAGAUACACCAAUAAAAAAUUUACGCCAAGAUAUGCUGAACUGUGUGCGUCCGAAAUCUAACACACCACCAGCCAUUGAAAUCAUACCAAAUUCAAAUCUUGUAAAUAGAUAAUAAUUAUUUAAUAUCCAUAUUUGUAAUAAAAUAUCAAGUUUUAUUAAUAGUAAUUUAUAUAGUAAUACAUUUAAAUAACUUUUAAUUUUAUAAAGGUUCUCUUUGAAGGAGAUUCAAUAGUAUUAUUAUGUAGUGCUGUCGGCACAGAUGCUUUAAAAGGUGUUAUUUUAACUUGGAACACAAACACAUUAAACACUAGUUCUUCGAUAAUUGUUACAGAUGGAGACUUUGAAAAUACAGGAUUGAUCCAAAGGUUAGGAUUACAAUUUCAUUAAUUUUCAAUUAAAAUAAAUAAAUUUAUAUUUCUAUGCUGCAAUUUUCAUGAUUAUUUAAGAACAAAUAAAUACAUAAAUAAAUGUAUUAUUGGUUUUGACAGAAAACAACCAACAGAGAACAAUAUACAAUAAUAUUCAAAGUUUUGUAUUAUAAUUUAAAACAAAAAAUAUGUUUUUAAUUUUUUACAGUAAUUUAUCAAUUGCAAAGCUCAAUUCUAGUCACACUGGUAAAUAUGAAUGUAAAUUAAACUCAUCUAGUGGAUCUAGUAUUCAAUCAAUUUCACUUACUGUCAUGUCGAAUAAAACUAGAUUUUGUGGAGUUGAAGGUAACACAAAUUAAACAAUUGAUUUACAUUUAUAUUUAUAAAUAAUAUCUUAACUAAUAGUGAAAUCAUUACUUUUUUCUUAUUUUAGAAAGUAAAGACAAUAAAGGAACAUAUGCUUGGACUCGUACAAUAUCAGAUGUAAUAACUGUUAAACAAUGCCAAGCAAAUGAAGAAGUUGAACCUUUGGCUAGAGGUAUGGUUAGUAGACAUUGUAACUUCGAUGGUAAAUGGGAUGUACCAGAUACAUCAGAUUGCCCAUAUACAAGUCCGAUUACUCGUUUAUUUUUUACACAAUCUAAGGUAUGACAAAUAUAUAUAUGUGUAUAAAUUGAUUUAAAAUCAUAGAUUUUUCUCUUGUUAUUUUAGACCAACGUUACUCAUAAAGACAGCACGGAAACUGCUAGACAGCUAUUUAAUUACACAAGAGAUCAUUUUAAUGAAAUAAAAGAUUAUCUCGAUAUUAGUUAUAUUGCCGACAUUGUGGAUGAUUAUUUGGAUGUAAUACGAGAUGAGAAAUCGGUAUUAUAUUUUUAUGAUAUUACUUUCGUUAUUUUAAAGUUAGGAUUGACAUAAUAAUAUUAUUUGUUUUUUAGUUAGCGCCAAUUGUAGUGGAUUUAAUAAGUUUAAUGGCUGAAUUGCCCAAAGAAUUAUUAUUAGCUGCUCAGAAGAAUGAUAAAUCUACUUCCAGACUUGUAAAUGCUUUAGAAACUUCUUUAGAAUUUGCAUCAGCAUUAAAUUCUCGAUGGGUAUAUUAUUGUUUGAUUAUUUUUGUUUACAGACUGUAUAAUAUACAUUUUGUAAGGUUAAUGUAAAAUAAAUUAUUAUUUUAGACAUCAGCUAUAGCAAUGGAAGAAUUUAAUAUUUCUAAAGAAAAUUUUAAUGGUUUAACAUGUAUUUGGGGUCGCGAUGAAGAUGCUUCAAUCACAAUGAAUUCUUUGGUGUGUUAUGUUUACAACAAUCACACUCUUCCUGAAAAUAAGGUAACUUAAUUUUUGGCUAGAUUUAUUAAUAGCCUGUUUAUAUACUUAAUUUAUAAUUUAUAGUUAAAGGUAUUGAACAUUAAUAACACUAUAUUUACAAUGGAAAGCUAUUAAUUAGAAUGAAAAUUAUAUCCAAACUUAAAAUUAAAAUUAUUAAGUUUAAGAUUCUGAGAAAGCGAGGAAUGUAUUGGUUUUACAGUGUUUAUUUUUUUUUCUGUGUUCAAUUUUUCUACCAGCAAUUUUAUUUUGAUUUACAAGCAACACUUUUUUUGUUGCUUCUACUUUAGCAUAAAUAAUACAACCUAAUAAUGUUCAUUUUUAUAUUAAUUUGUUUGUAUAGAUUGUGGAUGCGUUAAUAGAAGUGCCGAAAUCAAUAUUUUCAAGUGAUACUAAAACAGAUUUGUUUAACAAUGAAUUAAAAUUAGUAUUCACCAUAUACGAAGAUGGAAAAAUGUUUCCAGAACCGAUGAUAAUGGCUGAAGACAAUGUCACUCUUAUACCUACGGAAAUAAAAUCUUGUGUGUUGGUGACUAAAUUGGUUGGUGUUGAUAUGGAAGUUACACCAGGACCUUUGGUUAUAAAACUACGCCAACCUGAAAAUUACAAUCUAUAUUUAACUAUGAGACCAAGUCCAUCGUGGUGGAAUCCUUUAUCGGGUUUAUGGGACAUAAACCCAAAUACAAGUUGUCUAUUAGCAAAUAUUGGUGGCGGCAUGUUAGAAUAUAAAUGCAAUAGAUUCGGUUAUUUUGCAUUGACUAUGAGCCCGACAUUGAUACAUUAUAUUGUACCUCCGGUAAAUAGGUAUGAGGAUUUUAUUAAAUACUAUUAAUUUAUUAUAGUUGGUUUACAAUAUAAUACAAUAUUAUUAUGUCAAAUGAUAUAAUUUCAGCACUAUUAAAACUAAAAAUAUGUUUACUCAUACUUCAAUCUAUAUUGGAACUUUUGUUGGAAGCACAUUUCUUUUAUUCUCAGUUGGUCUUUAUAUAAUAUUGAACAGUAAUAUUCAAAUGGCCAAGAAAUUAAAACACUCUCUUCCUAAUACUUGGUUCGCAAUGGCGAUGUUCUACUUGAUUUAUUGGUAAGCCAAACUAAUUAAUGUUAUUCAAACUUUUAAUAACAUGAAAACACAAUUGUAUAAUUUUUAGCAAUGGAAUUCAUCGUAUUGAAAAUUCUAGAACCUGUCAAAUUAUUGGACUGUUAAUUCAAUUUUUCAGCUUGGCGCCUUUGUUUUGGAUGACAGUAACAAUAAAGUGAGUUUUAUUAAUAUUCUGUUAUAAUAAAUAUACUAGCAUUAUAGUAAAUAAUUAAUAUCAAUUUGUGUAAAUUACAUUGUAUUAUAACAUACUUUUUCCCUCAUUAGAGUUUUAUAUAAACGGGUGCGAAAGCCAUUCCUUCCAGCUGGCACUCCGUCAGAUGAUGGUGGUGAUAUGAAUUUACCUCAUGAAGAUAUUGUUGUGAAAAAACCAUUGUUAGGUAUAUAUAUGGUGGGUUGGGGCAUUCCAAUGUUAUUAUGUGGAAUGUCGAGUGCUGUCAAUUUACCUGGUUAUGGAGGACAUGAAGGAGAUUAUUGUUUUUUAAAACCAGGUCCUGCUUUUGGUUUUAUCAUUGUAGUUGCUUUAGUGGUUAUCAGUUGUAUUUUCAUCCUCAGUUUGUUAGUUUCCUGUGCUGCUAACGAUCUUGAUUCAAAUGUACAGCUUUCAGAAGGCACACAAGCCACAGAUUUGGAAUUAUUGGACCAAACAAACAGCAUGGUAGAACAUAAUAGUUGCCGUAGUCUAACAACUCCGUCUAGUAAAGUAGAAGAUCCCGAACAGUCUCCAGUUGUUCAACUAAGAUUUUUUAAUGGAACCUUAUUGGGAUACUUGUUAACCGUUGCAAUGACGUAUUUCAACAUUGCAGUUAUGCACAGUUCAACUAUACAAUUAUGGUUGGGUGUAUGGUUUGCUUGUUUCAAUAUAUUUCAAAAUUUUUUAAUUAUGUGGUUUUACGUAUUUGUAAGAAAUGAUGUUCAGAGUGCAUUUAUUGAACUCAAAGAACAUCGGUGGGGAAGGAAAAAAGUUGUAGACUCAGUGCGUGCGCCAUCUGUAAGGACUGACAGUUUUCAAUCAGUAAGGCCAAAAUCUAAUAGCGAAAUCGUUUCACUGCAAUCUUUUAGAUCACCUCAGCUACAAUUAGUCAUGAUGAGACAUCAACUGAAUUCUGAAAGACAAAUAGAUUAUUAUAAUCCUCAUCAAAUAACUGUAGCAAAACGAUUUUUCAAAAAACAACGAAGAAAACAGAAUAAUUUACCUCGACGCCCACCGCUAACUUCACCAGAACUAACUGACAAUGGUGUUUAUUACUGUCAAAAUGGUAAAACUAAUAAUCUUCGUAUGGAAUUAAAACAAAACGGUGUAUUCUCAGACAGUGCUAUAACUGACCAUGAAUAUGUUGAAGUAGACGGCCGAUCACAGUAUGAACAACACAAGUAUAUGCAGCCAAGAGAUUACUCAACUGAAGAGUUUGUCACCAGUCAAAUGAGUGGUGCUAGUUGUGAAGGAAUUUCAGAUAGUGUUACUGAUUGUGGAAGAAACAUCAGUGAAAAAGAAACAUGUUGCAGUCCUCAUGUAAUAGUGUCCGAUUGUUCUAGUGCUAAUCCACUGAAUCAUACAUAUGAGACAAUUACACCGAAAAAAGAAAGAUGGGCUGAUGCAAAUAAAAGAAAAAAAGAUUUCAGAAAGUCUCAUAAAACAUCUGGUUAUACACUCGCCAGAAACAAUAAAUCAGAUAGUGAUGAAAACGACGAGACUUGUGUUUGAAAAAUAUUUUCCUAAGUUUUAAUGACACUUGAUAUAAUAACCUCUUGUAAAUACAUCAAUACAUAGGUAAUAUUUAAAACUUUAUUUAAAUCAAGUUAUCAAAUAUUAGCAUUAUUAUUGUGAGUUAAGCUACUAUAAAAUAAUUAUACAAUAAUUAAUAUGUUAGUUUUACCAUCUGAUACUGCAGUAUUUUUACUUGAUUCUUUGAUAAUUUCAGCAGUAAAUUAAAUACCUAUUAUAUUUGUCACUAUACUCCGGCCCAUGAGAGAUCAUAACCGUUUCGUGCAUGUAAACUGAUGGCAGUGACUGGCCCGAGGUUAUAUUUCAUACCAUGUGCCACAACAGUUACACAAUAUGGCGUGUUUACAAAGUGUCAUAAAUGCGUGUUUAUACUAUACAGAGUGAUAAAGUAAUAAACAUAUUUUUUUUUUUUAAUAUUAUUAGUAUUUAUUUUUCAAGACAAUUUAUUAUAUGAUAUAUAAUAACGUAUUAUUUUAAAUUUCUAAUUUUAUAAAUUAUUUUAAUACAAAGGUACACGUCACAAAUUUAGAACAAUAAUUAUUUAAAAAAAAAAAAAUAUAAAAAAAUAAUCAGAACAAUCGGAAGAAGUAUCUCCUGUAAUUUGCAUUACAUGCAGUGUUUCAUCUAAUACUUCAUCAGAAAUGAAAUCGACAUUGCACAAUUUAUCCUCUUCCUUAAUUGUGUGCCUAACAAAAUCGGCCCACAUGUCUGGUGUUAUGAGUUGGAUGCCAUCAAUCAAUAAUUUCUUUACGUUGUUCAACUUGAACGUCAUACUAUUAUUUUUUGUGUGAUUUUUUACAACUGACCACACUAGUUCUAUUGGAUUAAUUUCAUAGUGAUACGGUGGCAGACACAAUACCAUUUUAUUCGAUUUCAAUGCUUCUUCAUCAAUAAUAUAUUUAUAAUGAAGAGAUCUAAUGUCACAUAACUUUUCCAUCAAUAGACAUUUUAUUAUUUGCUGAAAAAUAAUUUAAAAAUUCUUACUUUUACUGGGCGAACCUCGUAAUUGCUCACUCAUAUUUUGAACGACAGGAUCAUCUACUUUGAUGGAUUCAUUGAUUCCCAAUUUUUCGAAAAUAUCACUACACCACAGUGUAAAUAAUAUAAAAUACAAAAUACAAAAUUAAAAAGUAAGCCUGCUCGAUACAGAUGACAGUAACAAUGCAAGUCCUCACUGCAACAGACUGUAUACACUUUAUGUAUUUUACGUCCCACACUGUAUAGUGUUUGAACGUUGCUGGCCAUUACUGAACAGUUGUUUGUCGUUUGGUGGGGUAUGCGCGAAAUCGGACACGUUUUAGUCGUGACAUGGUAAUGAUCUCUCGUUGGUCGGAGUAUAGCUAUUCUCGCAUGACUUUGCCUGUGUACUGUAUUGAAAUUAGAGUUUAUAGGCUCCAUUUCAUUGGUUUAAAAUUAUAAAAACUAUAGUUUUAUCUUGAAGCAAGUAAUAGCUAAUUGAUUACAAAAUUUUGUUUUUGGAUCCGGCUAUAUAAUUUUCUUUCUUAGGUUACAGGACCAUAAGAAGAUGUUAUGAUUUAUUUGUGAUUAUUAUUUACUAAGUUCCCUCUUAUUGAAAAUUCCUGGGCACACCAAUAAUUAACUGUCAAAUCCCUAAGAAGAGUUUUCUUCAAAAUUUAUCAGUAACAUACCAUAUACAUACAAACAUGGUUUUAAAAAAAAAUAUUUAGUUUAGCAGUCUAAAAUAAGAUAGAAAACAAGUUACCUAUCAUAUAAGAACAAUUAAACAAUUAGUAAUAAUAUAACCCAUCUUUAGGUUGCUUCGCUCUGAAUCUAUUGGUUUACUAUAUUGUGUUUUUUUUUUUUUAUUCGUAGACAAUUUCAAAACAUUUUCCAUGCAAUUUAAGGAUAGAUUUAAGAACAAAAUUUAAUUUUAGGACAAUGGUUUUGCAGUUGAAACUUAAUAUAGUUGACAACAAAUAAACUUAAAUAAAUUCAUAUAAAUUAUUCAAAAUAUUAUAUUGUAACCUAGUAGUUUCUAAAUUUAGGUAGUAUGGUAGAUAAACAACCAUUAAAUUUGCCACAUAGUUGAUUCUGACAAAGCUUAUGAGUAACAAUUAUUUUACUGUUUAUUUAUUUAUAUAGUUUGCAGUUAGUAUUCUAGUCCAUGGGUUGCAGUUUGCAUUUAGUUUAACACUAAAAGUAUUUUUUAUUUAACGCACACGUUAAAACAUUUUUACGGUUUAUUAGUUAGUGUAUUAUAACUUGAAUAGGCACCUUUUAUGUUAAUUUGAGUUUUAUUAAUCUUAAUUAUUAUACCUAGUUUUUACAGGUAAUCCAGCUGUGCUACUGCCAUUUUUUAUUAUUAUUAUUUUUUCGUUCUAUGAGGGCGUUUCACUACUCAUAGUUCAAUUUAAAAACAGUUUUACAUACGACAAUUUCUUUCGUAACGUAUUUUUAGUAGAAUUACCACAUUUUUACACAUAAAAGAGAACUUUAUUUGCUUGUUUAAUGUGUAUAGUGUACUAUUAAACUUAGUUUAAACAAACUAUUAAACAAUAGUUUUUGAUAGUUAAAUAAAAACUAUUGUGUUUUGUUAUCAACAAUUUAAGAAUGCUAUCCCACAAAGUGCUUGUGUUCUGAAAUUUAUGUACUUCUGCUAUAAUUUCUGAAAUUUUAAACUUAUACUGUGCAACAACUUUUAAAAAAAAAACUUUUUAAGUUAAUUUGAUAAUAACCCGAUAAAAAAAAAAAAAAACUGUGAUAAUGACACGGCACUACUUAUACGCUGAUUUCAAAGUGAAUUUAAAUAUUUUUAAGUAGAUAAAUUAUCAUUUUUUCAAAUAUUUUUUGAAAUGUUUCCUAUACCUAAUAUUAUGCAAAUUUAAAUACAGGCAGUUUAAUGUCCUUUUAAAUUGAUAUAGCAAUAUUUUGUACGGUUUAAAAUUCAUAGAUACCAUUUAUGUGUAUAAUUAUUAUUCUAUAGCGUUUGGCUUUGUAUUUUGAUUGUUCUAUAAGUGUAUUAUUAUUAAGUGCCAUUAUUACUUAGGUAGUCAUAGUUGAAUUAAUGUUUUUUUUUUUAGAUUCUGAGCGAUUUCCACAGACUGAAAAGUUUGUACUUGAUAAAAUUAGGUACUUACUAUCUUUGUGUACACUGUAUACGAUAUAUAUAUAUAUAUUUAGUUAUUAAUUGGUGAUUCUUAUCACGACCUUGUAUAUAAAAUAUUAUUUAUAAUAACUAUUUGUCUGCUAAGUUAAAUUUACAGGUCGGAUUUAAAAAAAAUAUUUUUGUUUUCUCGUUUCAAAAUUAAAAGUUAUGUAAUGUAUUAAUAUAAUGUCACAUAUGUAAAUAUAGUAUUAUUCCGAUGUACUUACUUAGUUUUAUUUGCAGC